UCCCUUCUCUUUCACACUCUCUCUCUCCUCAAUCCUUUCGCUCAAUCCACUUCGCUUUCUGUGUUUACUCAUCACUCUCUCUCUAGAUAUUUGCAGCUGGGAUUCCAUCAAUCUCCACCGUCGAUUUUGCAGAGAUGGAGUUCUGAAGACGAUGAUGAUGAGCCCUCAUGAUCUUCUUCCUCUGCUGGUAAGAACCAUCAAUACUGAUUGGGGUUUUCACAUGAAGAAAUGUUCGACCCAUUUAUGGCGAUCCACAUGCGUUCCCUAAUCUGGUUGCGCAAGAGGAAAAAGAACCCUAAAAAUCCUACAAAACCCACAUCCCAAUUAAUCUCCUAGCUCUCAAAUCACACCUUAAAAGUUCUUAUUUUUCUUAGUAACAGUUCAUUUCUUAGUAAUCGUUCGUUUUGUAAAGUUCCCAGAUUGUAUUUUUACUUCAUUUCAAAAUCUAAAUUACUCUUUUUGCUCUGCUGAUUAUUAUCGGGUUUGAGUGUUUGCUGAGCUCGGCUUAGUGAAGUAGCUAGUAGUGCUCGAAAUUUUGUUGAAAUCUUUAGGUGGUUGGGAGGAUUUGGGAAAUAUUUAGGUGGGGAAGAGUGGUUUGUAUUCUGGAUCUUGAAUCGGGUUUUAAAGGUGGCGAAGAUGAGCUUGAGCGCGGCCGAGGACGAUUCGGCUUCGGAAAUUCACAUCCCGGCUGAUAUAGAUUGGCAUAUGCUUGACAAGUCCAAGUUUUUCUUUCUGGGUGCUGCUUUGUUUUCUGGUGUUUCAGGUGCUUUGUAUCCAAUUAUAGUGUUAAAAACCCGCCAACAAGUUUCACCCACUCAGAUUUCUUGCUUGAAGAUGUCUUGUGCAAUCAUGCGCCACGAAGGUCCUAAAGGGUUUUACAGAGGUUUUGGGACCUCUCUGACGGGAACAAUUCCGGCUCGAGCGCUUUACAUGGCGGCGCUUGAAGUCACCAAGAGCAAUGUUGGAACUGUGACGGUUAGAUUAGGAUUUUCGGAUACUACAGCAAUGGCAAUAGCGAAUGCUGCUGCAGGGUUGAGCUCAGCCAUGGCGGCCCAAUUAGUUUGGACCCCGGUGGAUGUUGUGAGCCAGAGACUCAUGGUUCAGGGCUGCACCAGUAGUACCAAACACAUCCUCCCCAAUGUGAGUUCUUAUAAGUAUAGAAAUGGCCUUGAUGCUUUUACGAAAAUUGUUCAUGCCGAUGGAUUGAGAGGAUUGUACAGGGGAUUUGGGAUUUCGUCACUGACUUAUGCACCUUCAAAUGCGGUUUGGUGGACUUCUUACUCUGUUGCACACAGACUCAUUUGGAGUAGUUUUGGUGGCUAUAUGUGUAAGAAAGAUGAGAGUGGCUCAGGCAAUGGGUCUAAUUUGCGCCCCGAUUGCAAGGCAAUGCUGGCAGUGCAGGCGUUGAGUGCAGGCAUGGCAAGUGGGGUUUCUGCUCUGAUUACCAUGCCGCUGGAUACUGUCAAGACGCGGUUGCAAGUUCUGGAUGCGGAAGAAAACGGGCAUAGAAGACCGCUGACAAUAAUGCAGACGGUGAGAAAUCUGGUGAGGGAAGGAGGGUUUGCUGCUUGUUACAGAGGGCUAGGGCCUAGGUGGGCUUCAAUGGCAAUGUCUUCCACAACCAUGGUUACUACCUAUGAGUUUCUCAAAAGAAUGUCUGCCAAGAAUCAAUAGAGCUGCGCAGAAAGAAGUGGUUUUUAUUUCCAUGCACAUUUCAAAUCCUUCUUGCCUGGAUUUGGCUAUAACGGCAUGCCUAUUGCCAUAUUGAUCAUGUAAAUUUGUACAUAGUCUAGUAGUUUUCUUUCAUUUGAUUUGCCCCUUUGUGCAAGAAUUUCCGUUCCGUUUUGAUGGAAUGACAUUAGUAGAUUGGUAACACCGUGUGUCAGAUCGUUUGCUCGAAUUUAAUGAAGAUGAUGAACAAGUGAACGGGAAAGAAUUGGAGUUUUUAUUUAUGAUUAAGCUAAGUUUUGGAUUGUACGCUUGCAAUUAUCUAUUGGGAUCUCUUUGUCAUGUUGCUCGAA